CACAACUACAAUCACAACAUCACUCCGCCUACUCUUACGCUUAAUCAUCUCUACAAGACUUUAAAGUCUAAUCUUAAUAACACCCACUACCACCACCAAAAUGCGCUUCUCUCCCGUCCUCCUUGCCGGCCUCGUGCCUUUCGUCGCCGCUGCCCCCACCGCCAGCGCCGGCUCUGUCUCCAUGAUGGCCGAGAACGUCCCCCAGUGGACCAUUGAGAGCAUGAAGCGCACCUGCGACGCCAAGGACACCUCCUGCGUCUGGUCCUUUGGCAUCCAGAACAACCGCGUCGCCGGCGCCGCCGCCAUCCCCUGCACCUUCACCGUCAAGGCCGGCGCCAAGCCCGCCAGCCAGACCGACGUCGCCGGCAUCAAGUGCGCCUUCUUCACCGUCUCCGAGGGCUGGAGCGACCAGUUCGGCCUCGAGAACGCCUUCACCACCCUCAGCAUCGCCAACUUUGACACCAGACUCAUCGCCUUCCCCGCGUACACCGCCAAGGAGCUCGCCGACGGCAAGGUUGUCUCGCCCAACCGCUCUUACCAGCCCCAGAAGUUCUAAGCUGUUGGGGACUUGGAUUUAUGACGACAUGAUGAGAGAAAAAAGAACAACAUUGGAAUAAGGAGAUAUAUACACGAUUGUGAGGAGAGAAAAUGAGCUGGAAGUUAUCUGAAGAGACUCAUAGCGGGGAAAGCCUA